AUGGAAAAGUUUGUCGAGGGCAAUGCGUGCCGCAGCUGGGCGCUCGGCAAGUUGCUAGAUCCCCGCGCCGUGACAUGCUUUGCUGCCGGCCAGCCGCUUUGUGACGUGUGCGCAGGAACAGCACAGCGCCUGGAGCCAGCAAUAGCUGCGCACCAGCAGCGCGCUGCCCAAGCGUUGAGUGUGGGGCAUGUGGAAGCAGAGCCCGAGGCGAUGGCGGAGGAGGAAGAUGUGUUGUCUGAGCCACCUGCAGCACGGCUCGAGGAAGAAGAAUCGAUCGGGCCAGAGUCCGCUUUGGAUGUAACUUCAGCAUCGAACGUUGACACGGCAGCAUCACCAGGACCAGGUGCCGUUGCGGCGCAGUCGAGCAGAAGCACUCCACGUGCCCAGGACACGGCUGUGGUGGCGACAAAUGGAGGGCCAAUGACGGACGCUGCUGUGCCACGGAUACAGACGAGUGCUGCUUGGAUUGAUGAGGCAGAUACAGCAUCCAUGUCGGUGCCAGCUUCACCCAUGGUCUCUAAUGCUGAUGACGAGGCGCCUUUACAGCAAGAGGCGCGCGGCCCGGAGCAAACCACGUUGGCAGAGGGCGAGAGCACGCCACAGCCAGUCAUUCAGUCAGCAGCACAGCCAACCCCCACGAAACACGCGCCAACCCCGUCGGCCUCGAUCAUUUGCGUGCCAGUACCAUCGGCCUCGGGUUCAACCUCGUCUCCGGCGCGAUCGGCUGCAAGCUCAGCCUCGGGUACACUGCGGC